AAAAAAACAAAACUUUAGGACCGGGCUGGUGCCGGGGGAAGAGCCUGCUGAGGGAUGCCCAAGAAGUUCCAGGGCGAGAACAGCAAGUCGGCAGCUGCCCGAGCGCGGAGGGCCGAGGCCAAGGCGGCAGCUGAUGCCAAGAAACAGAAGGAGCUGGAAGAUGCUUACUGGAAGGAUGACGACAAACACGUGAUGCGGAAGGAGCAACGCAAGGAGGAGAAGGAGAAGCGACGCCUGGAGCAGUUGGAGCGCAAGAAGGAGACGCAGCGCCUGCUGGAGGAGGAGGGCUCACGGCUCAAGGGUGGCAAGGCCCCUCGUGUGGCACCCCCCAAGGUCACGCGCGCGCAGAUUGAGGACUCCCUGCGCAGAGAGCAGCGUGCCGAGCCAGCGGAGAAGGCCAAGACCCACCUGGAGCUGCCGCUGGAGGAGAACCUGAACCGGCGCGUGCAGGAGGAGGGCAGCCUGGAAGCGCGCACUGUAGAGGAUGCCAUAGCCGUGCUCAGUGUGGCAGAGGACGCAGACCGGCACCCCGAGCGCCGUAUGCGCGCAGCCUUCACCGCGUUCGAGGAGGUACAGCUGCCGCGGCUGAAGCAGGAGAACCCCAACAUGCGGCUGUCGCAGCUGAAGCAGCUGCUGAAGAAAGAGUGGCUGCGCUCCCCCGACAACCCCAUGAACCAGCGCGUGUUGCCCUUCAACGCGCCCAAGUGAUGGAGGGAGCCCGAGUCCAGCCUGUCCAGCUCCAGCGUCCUCCCCCAGCCAGGCCGGCCUGGGGCCCUCCUGGCUGCACCAUCGGUCACCCUGGGCAAUCCAGAGGGUGCCCGCUCUGAGCGACACCCAGCCUCGGGCGCCCUAUGGAGCCCGGCUGAGCAGCUGCCCAAUAAAGGCUGUGGAGAGGCAAAAAAAAAAAAA